AUGAGCGCCUGGGAUAUCUCUCAAAAUGCUUCUCUUGACACAACUGUGUUGCAAAUAAGAGAACAUGGGAGUGGGAUAUGGAUCCUGACCAUGGCCUCACCUUCAACCCACAACAUUCUUUCGCCUCUUAUGAUGGGCGCACUAGCUAGAGCAGUCGACCAUCUUUCUUCUCUCGGUGAUCAGCAGGUCAGGGUCAUCAUAUUGGAAGCUGCAGGAAAGUCUUUCAGCGCUGGGAUUGAUAUAAAUAUGAUCCGAGAUGAACCGAACCUUGAAUCCAAGAUGAUUCGGGCCAUCGACCCUAUGUAUGCAGUACAAGAGUCAAGAGUCCCAGUGAUUGCUUGCGUGAGAGGCGCUGCUUUUACUGGAGGAUUUGAGCUUGCACUAAGUUGUGAUAUUCGCCUCGCAUCCGAAGAUACGGUCUUUAGGGAUAACCAUGCCAUGUACGGUGUCCAUCCAACGCGGGGCAUUUCACAACUUCUCUCUCGACACUGUGGACCAUCAAAUGCAAAGUUAGCCUCUCUUGCUUCCUUCCCCAUUUCAGCAACCUUAGCACUCCAAUGGAACAUUGUUUCCCAGGUGGUAAAGUCUCCGGAUGACCUUAUGCCAGCUGCAUUACAGAUUGCGGAGUCAGUGGCUCACAAUUCCUCUCUGCUCGUGGCAAGCUUGAAGAAUACCAUUGACGUGGGGAGAAGUCUGAGUUACGGUGAGGCUCGGAAGUUUGAGCUUCAACGAGAGGCACAGUAUUAUAAAGCCAUGGAUAGCGAAGAUUUGGCAGAAACCCUGAAAGAAGGUGCCCGGAGAUUUGAUCAGAGAGUGGCAGAAUUGGGAGUUGGUGAAAUUCAGCUUCCUUGA